CGCAGGACCUGCCACAACGUUAAACUUACUAACAGCUGUUGAAGUUGUGGCUGCCACAGAAUGAGCGCCACAGGCAAUGCCACCAUCACUGGCAGUGGCACCACCAGCACCACCAUCACCCCCAGCACCAGCACCAGCACGACCACCACAACGCACAUCUUUCGGUCGCUGUCAUCGGAAAGCCAGAAAAGGGAUUGGUCCAAACGGCUGUCAUUGCGUGGCAUGCGACAUGGGGCAGGACAGUCUGCCAGCAAGGAGGAGCCUGGAGUAGGUGCAGCUGGAGCUGGUAUCGCUGCUGGUGCCGGCGGCAAGCAUCGCAAGUUCUUCAGUCGCUCCGCAUCGCUGAAGCAAGCGGGUAGCAGCAGUAGGCAAGCCUCCAUGGAAUUGCAUGUACCUGGACACUCAUCGGCAGCUGGUUCGCCAUCCGGACAGCCGCAGUUGCUCACCCAACCGUCGACGCCAAAGAAAUCGAAUUGGGAGGUAAUCGAACAUUUCAAUACCAGCGCCAAGGGAGGCAAGGCGAUGGUGAGCAGCAGCCUGAUUGCGGCCGGCAUCACACGCUGUAACAUCGAUGAAUCGAUUGAUUCGACCAACUCGAGUUCCACCUGCCACAGUCCGAUGAUCUAUCAACGCGAUGAGGCACAGCUGCUACAGCAAUCUGAUGGCGCCGAUGGACGCAGCAAUUUGGAGGCAAACAAUCCGAGCACGACGGGCACUCAGGCAGCUAGUCCAAGUUUGUCGUUCUGGUAUCGCUUAAAUCGCAUUAUUCUGCGUCUGUGCUCGACGCAUCAGUUUAAGAAUUUGCAGGUGGAAAUGCUAUAUCAGCGUUAUUUUCUGCGCAUGAAUCAAAGUAAUACGACGCACAUUCUGGCGCUGCUGCUGACACUGAUUCUGGCAUUAUCCUGCACUCACAUUGUCUUCACCACGCUGCAGCUGCGUCGCAACCUUGCGGCAUCAACUGUUGCAACGGCAACUACUUUGGAGCGCCUCUCGUUAGCAGACAAUGCAACUGCAACCAACGAGAACGUAACGCACUUUACGUCGACCCUCAAUCAAUCUGCGGUGUUCGUUGCAACAAUGCUGGCAACGCCGAACCCAACACCAACUGUAAAUGGCAUUGAGCGGAGUGGCCGCAACGUUAAUGCAUCCCAGCGGCUGGAUGUGGUGGCAUCCAACUGGGAGCCGGGCGGACGCAGGCAGAAACGGAAACAUUAUCGACGCCGCCUGCACAAGCAUCGCUACAAGCCGCAACACAAACAGCAUCGGGCCAGAUACAAACGUGCCACUGAGCCGCAUAAACUGAUUGUUGACAUUGGCCAGCCGGAUGUGGCAGCAGCCGUAGCUGAAUUUGAUGUCGAUUUAGAUGAUGGCAUUAAACGCUUUACGGAUCCACGUUUGUCUUUCGCUAACCGCCAGCAGAAACGUGAUGAAGUGUUCACCCGGACGCCGAUUGAUGACGUUGUCAAUGCCACGUUGCAGGACCAGAAGGAGCAGCAAUGGGAGCAACAGGAGACGGUGCUAUUUGACUUGGCCGAUAAUCGGAAUGGUUCAUCGCAUUACUCGUAUGCUCUCUACACGAUGAUGACGCAAAUCGAUGAGUCUGUCCUGGUUUUUCUCAUUGUCAUGCUAAUCUGUGGCAUUGUCUAUGCAUUCCUGCUGUGCAUCCUUUCAAAGCCUGCGAUGAAUGAAAUCAUUCUGGUGCUCGUCUCCUACGUCAUAUUGGGCACGUUUCUGGCCAUUGAAAUUGCUGUUAGCUAUGCCAUGCAACCGAGCAAGUGCUUCAAUGGCAGUGCUUGUUGCAUUGUCCUCAUCUACAUGACAUACACGAUGUUGCCGCUGCGUUUGCGUGAGUCUCUCAUCGGUGGCAUGCUGCUCAGUGGCACGCACUUGUACACCUGUCUCCACACACAGUACACACUGGAUAAGGAGCUGCAGCAAAUGCUGCAGGCAACGGAAACGAUGCCGCCAACGCAAUCAUCGCAACUGUGGCAGGAGCUGCUGUGCACUUGCAUUGCCUUGUUGUUGGCCAAUCUGACUGGCGUCUAUACGCACUGGCCCAAGGAGAAGGCCCAAAGGAAGGCCUUCAUCGAGACUCGUCAGUGCAUUGAGGCGCGUCUGCGGACACAGCGCGAAAACCAACAGCAGGAGCGACUGUUGCUCUCGGUGCUGCCGCGGCACGUUGCCAUGGAGAUGAAGGACGAUAUUGCGGGCCAGCCACGUGACACACAGUUCCAUAAGAUAUACAUACAGCGGCACGAGAACGUCAGCAUCCUCUUUGCGGACAUUUGUGGUUUCACAAGCCUGUCAGAUCAGUGCACAGCCGAGGAACUGGUGCGUCUACUCAACGAGCUAUUUGCACGCUUUGAUCGAUUGGCUGCCGAGCAUCAUUGUCUACGCAUUAAGCUGCUGGGCGAUUGUUAUUAUUGCGUCUCCGGUUUACCAGAGCCAAGGCCGGAUCAUGCUCACUGUGCUGUUGAAAUGGGACUCGACAUGAUUGACGCUAUAGCUUUGGUGCGUGAAGUGAUGGCCGUGAAUGUGAAUAUGCGAGUGGGCAUUCACACGGGACGAGUGCAUUGCGGCGUUUUGGGCCUGGUCAAGUGGCAGUUCGAUGUGUGGUCCAACGAUGUAACGCUGGCCAAUCAUAUGGAGAGCGGCGGCAUACCCGGACGCGUUCACAUAACCAAGGAAACGCUCAAGUGCCUGGAUGGCGACUAUGAGGUGGAGGUGGGCAAGGGCGCGGAAAGAAACUCGUAUCUCAAGGAUCAGCAGAUUGAAACGUAUCUCAUAGUGCCAGGCGAUACCUACAGACCGCACAAGAAAUCGCGUAAUCGUCUGCAGGUUAAUGGCAAUAUUUCAAAGGAGUUGCGCAUGAUGGGUCACGGCACCGCCCAGAAGCACACAUCCAAAUUCGGUUUCGGCGACAGCUCGGAGAGCACCAAGGAUCCCGAGGAUGAGGUGAAUGAGUAUUUGAUGCGUGCCAUCGAUGCCCGGAGCAUUGAUCAUCUGCGUGCCGAGCACUGUCAGUCGCUGUUGCUCUGCUUCAAGAGCGAUACCCUGGAGCGCAAGUAUGCCAGCGAGCCGGAUCGGAUGCUCUGCGUUUACUUCUACUGCAGUCUGCUUGUGCUCCUGGGCACCACUCUGAUGCGCUUUGCGGUUUUUGACAGCUCCACGCUUUGUUUGGUUUUGUCUUUUGGCGCUUUGUUGCUGCUGCUUUUGCUCGUCUUUUUGGUGGCCUGUCAUGAUAUGAAUUUGCGGCUGCCUGUUGGGAUGAAGCGCUUCUCACAGCGAAUCCACAGCAAUCGCACCUUGUCGCAGUUCUUCGCAUUUGCGACAGUUAUGCUGAUUGUUUUGAGCACGUUGCUGGCCAUGUUGCAGGAAUCGAUGCGUCAACGGGAGCUCCUGCAUAAUGAAUUGCCCUGGCUCAACCUGAAUAGCAGCAGCCAACUCAAUCAGGCACAGCAACAGUUGUCAGCUGCUGGCUCUGAUUUCUAUUUGGCAUACAAUACAUUCCUGCUGUUAACGCUGCUCUCGAUGAUGUGCUGUGCCACGUACCAAGUGCUGCGGCUGGUGCUGAAGCUGCUGCUGCUCCUUUUGGCCGCUGGCAGUUAUAUGGCCUGCUCCUCAUAUUUGUAUGUAGCGAGCAGUAGGGAAAUAAGCGUCGACUUGGCCCACCAAACGGAGGCCACAUAUCGCCUGGAUUUCAUCUGGAAGCUGCAGGCAACGGAGGAAAAGGAGGAUAUGGAGCAUUUGCAGGCGUAUAACCGUAAACUGCUCGAAAAUAUUUUGCCCGUGCAUGUCGCUGAGCAUUUUCUGAGCCGCGAGAAGCACCUUGACGAUCUGUACCACGAGCAAUGCGAUUCCGUUUGCAUUCUCUUUGCCAGCAUACCGAAUUUCUCGGAAUUCUACGUGGAACUGGAGGGCAAUAACGAGGGCGUCGAAUGCCUGCGUCUGCUCAAUGAGAUUAUUGCCGAUUUCGAUGAGCUGCUCAGCGAGGAACGUUUCCGCUGCAUCGAGAAAAUCAAGAGCACGGGUGCCACCUAUAUGGCAGCAUCGGGGCUGACGGCCAAUACCUGCGACCAGGUGAACUUUACCCAUGUGACCGCCAUGGCAGAAUAUGCACUGCAGCUAUUCGACAAGAUUGAGGAGGUCAACAUGCAUUCCUUCAAUAACUUUCGCUUGCGCAUAGGCAUCAAUAUUGGACCCGUUGUUGCUGGCGUUAUUGGCGCGUGCAAGCCGCAGUAUGAUAUAUGGGGCAAUGCCGUCAAUGUUGCCUCGCGCAUGGACUCCACCGGUCUCGUGGAUCACAUCCAGGUGACCCAGGAGAUGCAACAGUUGCUCGAGUGCCGCGGCUUCGAGCUCACCUGUCGCGGCAGCGUCAAUGUCAAAGGCAAGGGCUCCAUGAUUACCUACUUUCUCAAGGGCAAGACACAGUUGCCAGCAGUGACUGCUAACCAGGAGAUGGAGCCACAGCUGACACAGCGACCAGUGAGUCCGGCUGGCACAGAAACGGAGCCGGAGACGGAGACUGUGGAGGCAACGGUUGUUGCAGCUGCAGCUGCAGUAGCAGCAGCAGCAGCAGCAGCUGAAACUACAAAUCACGAUGAGGAUGAUGAUGACAUUGAUGACGAUGAGAUUGAUCUCAAUUCGAAUAUGCAAAACUUAACCGCUCAGCGCAGGAAAUCGCUGUGCCGACAACAUAAUAUCUCCUCCUCGUUCGGCACCAAUGUCAGCUCGACGGGGAUUACGCCCAGCCUCUCGAAUAGCUCCAGUGUGGUCACGAUUGGAGCACUGCCUGUGCUGCUGCGCAAUGCUGCCAAUGCUGGCAAUCCGGAGAGCUGUGCCACGCCCACAGCGCCGCCUAGAACACUUGUGGCCGACCUCAAAGAGGAGAUUACGCGCGAUGAGAAGUGCACGCUAAAGGACUCGAUUGAGAACCUGGAAAUACUGCUGAAGAACAACAUCAGCCUCUCCGAUCUGAGCAACAAGCAGCAGCAGAAUCUUCGCAGCGAAGUGGUCGUCGCUAGUUCAUCCAGUUCAUCGACAGCCACGCUGCGCAAACGGGACACAAUUGUCAGCUUUAAUGUGACGGAGACGUUGACGACGACAGCGGCGUGUGCGCAGCAGCAGCGCAAGCGUCGCUCCGUGACCACCUUGGCGACCAGUUGUACCACCACAACCACCCGACUGCUCUCCAACGAGAGCCAGAGCUCCACCCAAACAGCACCGGGCACGCUCGAGACGAGCGGUGGAGGAAGAGACGGAGUAGGAGUGGGAGCGGUUACUCCGGAUGCUGUGCUGUUGGGAGCGGAUGCAGUGCAGGAUUGGGUGCCCAAAACGGCGACCUUGGAGCCGAAUCGCAGUCCCAUCAAGACCUCACAGUCGCUGAGUCCCAUUGGCCUGGCCACGGAGGUGUUUGUGUUGCCCAACAGUCGCAGCAUGAUCCUCAUUAGCAGCAACAGCAGCGGCGCCAGCUCCCAAGGAGCCAGCAGUCCCCGUCCAGGACUGCUGCAACAGGUCAGCACUUAAGGGGAAGUUAUCAAAGUAAACAAAAUAAUUAAGUUUCUGUAUAUAUGUAUAAAAUUGGAGCAAUCAAGCAGAAAAUAAGGAAGGAAAGAUGGAGCGACAGCGUUGCCAGACUGUCAGACUAGACAUGACUAGAAGUUUAGAUUUAUGUAUCCAUCAGUAUUUUCCCCCGCUGAUUGUAUGAUCUCGCAUUUUUGUUGUUGUUCCCAUCAGUCUCUACUAAUUAGGGGUACUUACGACAACCAGGUGGCAACCCUGCAUAUCACAGCAAAACAAUUUUGAAUAAGAAUUUAUUGAGCACAUUCACGAAAAAUGAGGCACUGUUGCCAUAGGCUAGAUUUACGAGUAGUUGUAAGGGGAUGGGUGAGGUGAGGGGUCAGUUGUACGGUUCCUAUAUAGUAUUAGAUGAGCAGGCAAGUGGCUAACUGAAAUUCAACUCAAUUUACAGGGUAUCCAAGUUACGAUCAAACAACACUUUCCCAGCUUUGCAAUAGAUAAAUGUUACCACAACACGAAAAUAAUCAGUCAAUUUAAAAAGAGAUAUCGAAAAAAGUUACAGCAAAUAUAUAUAUAAAUGUGUAUUAUUUAAAUCAGUCUGAAUUACGAUUCCAGGACAAAAACAUAAAGUUGAAGAAACUUUUCUUAAUGCUCUGUGAGUUUUCAGAGCCGCUGCUAUUUAAACAAUGAACUAAAGAUAAAAAUGUUAAAACGCUUUAUGUGUAUGUUAUUACUAUAAAAUAUAUA